AUGGCCCCUGAUAACGGGCUCCGUCGCCCCUCGGGGUUGUCGGUUGAGCAGGGCGUGGCUACCACCAAUGCCGAUCAGACUCUGGAGGAUAUGGGAUACAAGCCUGAAUUAGCCCGCAAUCGAUCCGUCUGGCAGGUCACAUUCAUGUGUUUCAUUCUCUCCUCGGUGCCCUACGGUCUCUCUACCACCUUGUACUACCCCCUCGUCGCCGGAGGACCCGCCAAUGUCAUCUGGGGAUGGGUGAUUAUCUCGUUCCUCAUUCUCUGCGUGGCCAUCUCCCUGGCUGAAAUCACCUCGGUGUAUCCGACUGCUGGCGGGGUAUACUACCAAACUUUUGUUCUCUCGCCGCUGUGGUGCCGUCGCGUCGCCUCUUGGAUCUGCGGGUGGUCGUACGUAGCGGGAAACAUCACCAUCACACUGGCCGUCAAUUUUGGAACCACGUUACUCUUUGUAGCCUGUCUGAACGUGUUUGAGACAUCUACUGGUGCAGGCAUCAUGGAUGAUUUUGCGACCUAUCAGACGUUCCUGCUCUUCUUGGCUAUUACCCUGCUGACCCACGCGAUCUCGGCAUUUGGAAACAAAUGGCUGCCCUGGUUGGAGACAUUCGCGAUUUUCUGGACUAUGGCCGGGUUACUCGCUAUUAUUGUCUGUUUACUCUCGAUUGCGAAACAAGGGCGUCACAACGCAGCUUGGGUCUUUGGACACUUUGAACCCCAAGCUGGAUGGCCUGCAGGAUGGUCAUUUUUCAUCGGUCUUUUACAGGCAGCCUACGCCACCUCGGCAACUGGCAUGAUUAUCUCUCUCUGCGAGGAGGUCCGAGAGCCGGCUAUCAUGGUCCCCAAGGCCAUGGUCGGAACAAUCGUUAUCAACUUCGUCGCCGGUCUGCUCUUCUUGGUCCCCGUCUGCUUUGUGCUGCCGGAUCUGGGUGAGCUUGUCGCUUUGGUCUCCGGCCAACCAACCCCCACCAUUUUCAAGGUCGCAAUCGGGAACAACACGGGAGCAUUCUGCCUUUUGAUCCCGCUUCUCGUUCUGGGAAUUAUCUGUGGUGUGGGGUGCGUUACAGCCACAUCGCGCUGCACCUGGGCAUUCGCGCGCGAUGGCGGCAUUCCAGGAUCCGGCUGGUGGAGCAAGGUACACCCCAAAUUGGACAUCCCCUUCAACGCCCUGGUUUUGGGAAUGGUUGUGGAGAUCAUCCUCGGCGUGAUUUACUUCGGUUCGACCGCGGCAUACAACGCAUUCUCCGGCGUGGGUGUCAUCUUCUUGACCACCAGCUAUGCUUGUCCCAUCGCCGUCUCUCUUAUCUUCCGCCGUCGCGAAGAUAUCAAAAACGGCAAAUUCAACUUCGGCGUAUUUGGCUUAAUCGCCAAUGUCCUUGCUCUGGCUUGGAGUCUUCUUGCCAUCCCUCUCUUCUGCAUGCCAACCCUCAAGGAGGUCACCCUGGAAAGUAUGAAUUACGCUUCUGUUGUGUUUGCCGGGUUCAUCGCAAUUGCUGCAGUCUGGUAUGGUGUAUGGGGAUAUCACAAUUACCGUGGACCCCCAACAGACGCCGUGGAGCAUGAUGAGCCAUCAUCCCCCGUCCAUCCUACUUACAAUGAGGUUAUGCCAAAGAAGCUUUGA